UCUGGUAAUGUUUUGCAUGCUGCUGGGGGUGGAGCGCUCCAUUUUCCAAGGUUAUUUUUAACUCCUAAGUUCUGGUGGUGAGGCCAGUCCAGGACGGUGGCUGGAUUCCUCACAUGGAAGGGCUGCGCUCUGCUGCCACGCUGCCUUUUGGGGAGAUAUCGCUUUAGAUGAAGAUGAUCUGAAGCUGUUUCAAAUAGACAGAACUGUUGACUUAACAAAACACUCAGAUGGAAACGCAAGACACACUUCAGUAAAAGCACUGUAAGCCAAGGACCUACAGGACUCUCUACCUGCAAGAAACUGGUGACAUGGAACAAGUUGUAGGAGGCCUGGGAGAACAGUCUUUUGUGUCAAGUGAGAACGCCACUUCAACUGAUCGCAGUAACAAAGCAGUUAAAAAGGACGGCAGGCAAAAUACGACGCUUGCGAGGAGCCUGAAGAGGAAGGAAUAUACAGAUGAGUCUGGGAUGGAUACACACUCCUCUCCCAGAGUGCGCAGGGCAACCACAUCCAGGGCUGAGAGGAUCUGGCCAGGGGGAGUCAUCCCCUAUGUGAUCGGAGGAAAUUUCACUGGAACCCAAAGAGCUAUCUUUAAGCAAGCGAUGAGGCACUGGGAGAAGCACACUUGUGUGACAUUUGUGGAGAGAACUAAUGAAGAGAGUUUCAUUGUGUUCACGUACAGAACGUGUGGAUGCUGCUCAUAUGUGGGUCGCCGAGGAGGUGGCCCUCAGGCGAUAUCCAUUGGGAAAAACUGUGACAAGUUUGGUAUUGUGGCUCAUGAGCUGGGUCAUGUGGUGGGUUUCUGGCAUGAGCACACACGGCCUGACAGGGACCAGCAUGUCACAAUCAUCAGAGAGAACAUACAGCAAGGUCAGGAGUACAACUUUUUAAAGAUGGAGGCUGGGGAAGUGAACUCGCUGGGAGAGACCUAUGACUUCGAUAGCAUCAUGCACUAUGCUAGGAACACAUUUUCCAGAGGUGUUUUCCUCGACACUAUCCUUCCCCGUCGUGACGAUAAUGGGGUCCGGCCAACCAUUGGUCAGCGUAUUCGCCUGAGUCAGGGAGACAUCGCUCAGGCGAGGAAGUUGUACAAAUGCCCAGCUUGUGGAGAGACCUUGCAGGACUCAACAGGGAAUUUCUCAGCCCCUGGCUUUCCAAAUGGCUACCCCUCUUAUUCCCAUUGUGUCUGGAGGAUCUCUGUGACCCCAGGGGAGAAGAUUAUGUUGAACUUCACAUCAAUGGACCUAUUUAAAAGUCGCCUUUGCUGGUAUGAUUAUGUGGAAGUGCGUGAUGGCUACUGGAGGAAGGCUCCGUUACUGGGUAGAUUUUGUGGCAACAAGAUCCCUGAGCCGGUAAUCUCCACGGACAGCAGGCUGUGGAUCGAGUUCCGGAGCAGCAGUAACAUCCUGGGCAAAGGCUUCUUUGUGGUCUAUGAAGCUAUUUGUGGUGGAGAAAUUCACAAAGAUGCUGGACAGAUCCAAUCUCCCAAUUACCCAGAUGACUACAGACCUUCCAAAGAGUGCAUCUGGAAGAUCACAGUUUCUGAGGGCUUUCACAUAGGAAUCACAUUCCAAGCCUUUGAGAUUGAGUGGCAUGACGCCUGUUCUUAUGACUACCUGGAGAUCCGAGAUGGCCUCACUGAAUACAGCCCACUGAUCGGUCACUACUGUGGCUAUGAGAAACCAGAAGAUAUCAAAUCCAGCUCAAAUAAAGUAUGGAUGAAGUUUGUGUCUGAUGCAACCAUCAAUAAAGCAGGCUUUGCAGCAAAUUUCUUUAAAGAGGUGGAUGAAUGUUCUCUGCUGGACAAUGGUGGGUGUGAGCAGCACUGUGAGAACACACUGGGCAGUUACAAAUGCACCUGUGAGCCUGGCUAUGAGUUGACAGCUGAUAAAAAGAGCUGUGAAGCUGCCUGUGGGGGCUUCAUCACCAAGCUCAAUGGGACCAUUACUAGCCCUGGAUGGCCCAAGGAAUAUCCUACUAACAAAAACUGCGUCUGGCAGGUGGUAGCUCCAGCCCAGUACCGGAUCUCUCUGCAGUUCGAAGUGUUUGAACUGGAAGGCAAUGAUGUCUGUAAAUAUGACUAUGUUGAGGUUCGUAGUGGGUUGGCUUCUGACUCCAAGCUGCAUGGUAAAUUCUGUGGCUCAGAGAAGCCUGAAGUAAUCACAUCGUAUGGCAACAACAUGAGACUAGAGUUUAAAUCAGACAACACAGUCUCCAAGAAAGGCUUUAAAGUUCACUACUUCUCCGACAAGGAUGAAUGCUCCAAAGACAAUGGUGGUUGCCAGCACGAAUGUAUCAACACCUUUGGGAGUUACGUCUGCCAGUGCAGAAAUGGCUUCGUGCUACAUGAAAAUGGCCAUGACUGUAAAGAAGCUGGUUGUGAGCACAAGCUGAGUGGUGCGGAGGGAACAAUGAGCAGUCCAAACUGGCCUGACAAGUACCCCAGCCGGAAAGAGUGCACCUGGGACAUCUCUGCAACGCCUGGCCACCGAGUGAAAGUAACCUUCAAUGAGUUUGAGAUUGAACAGCACCAAGAAUGUGCCUAUGACCACUUGGAAAUGUAUGAUGGACCCAACAGCAAGUCACCUGUCCUUGGCCGCUUCUGUGGCAGCAAGAAACCAGACCCUGUAGUGGCUUCUACCAACAAGAUGUUCCUCAGGUUUUACUCUGAUGCUUCUGUGCAAAGAAAAGGUUUCCUGGCAAAGCACAGCACAGAGUGCGGUGGGCUCUUAAAGGCUGAAGUACGAACUAAGGAUCUGUAUUCCCACGCUCAGUUUGGGGACAACAACUACCCAGGUCAAGCAAACUGUGAAUGGGUGAUUGGAGCUGAAGAUGGUUAUGGGGUGGAACUGACAUUCCAGACAUUUGAGAUCGAGGAGGAGGCUGACUGUGGGUACGACUAUAUGGAGAUCUAUGAUGGUUACGACAGCACUGCACCCCGCCUGGGACGCUUCUGUGGCUCAGGGCCUCUGGAAGAAAUCUACUCUGCAGGGGAUUCCAUCAUGAUUCGAUUCCAUACAGACGACACCAUCAACAAGAAAGGCUUUCAUGCCCGAUACAUAAGUACCAAAUUUCAGGAUGCGUUGCACAUGAGAAAAUAGAUUUACUGCUCCUCACAGACGUUUGCUUCUGACGAUUGAGACAUUUAACUGUGAUUUUUGUCUUUUCUUUUUAAAGCUUCUGUGCACCUGGCCAAAAGCAGUGUACAGUAUUUUCUGUAACUAAAACUAAAUUCAAUCUCAAAGGUUUGCCUCUGAAAUUAUUAGCAUGACCCUUCCUUGUUAACAUACCCAGGACCAAAAAUUAUUUUCUAAUCAUACCUGCCAGGGCAUAAACAUUGUAUUUUGCACAACUUGCUGUGGGGCUGAGCAAAGACAGCUUGAAUUGAGAAAAGCCUUCAUCUCUUGCGUAUCCUGUUUCUAGGUAACCUUUCCCAAGCAUCCUGGUACACAUGAGCUGCCAGAACACAUUUUCUGGAGCAGAUGAUGCAGACAGCCACCCAGGAGGAUUUUCUCAAAGGACCUCAGGAGCCACCCACUCUCCCCUGCCAGCCCAAAAUACUCUGUCCAAUAAGUGAACAACCAGACAGCUGAGAUUCUGUCACUUCUUCUGUCACGUCUAUUUAUUGUCUUGGUUAUUGCAGGUUGAAACUGGUAGGCAGGGGCACAGGGACAGUCUCUUCAGGGCUGCUAGCUACUUGGAUCAUGGUGAACUAGAAGGGCCCAGUGCCUGAUUUGCAGUAGUUAUCAUGGUGUAGGUUGAAUGGAAGUACUUUGUGGUGGCCAAGGGAAGGUGGUGGCUGACACAGAAGUGCUGUGGUGGGAUGUAAGGCUUGACUGUGUAACCGUGGCAAAGUUUAACAACUGGAGUGUUGCCAGCCUGCUCCUGUCACACCAACAGGCAAGGCAGCUCAGAAAGGGCUAUAGCAGCAGUCCAGACCUUAUCUUAAAAAAGCAGUCUCUCCCCCAUGCUUCAUACGUGUGUUUUCUCAGCUUCUUCACGCUGCCUCCUUUCUUUAGUACCGCUUCCAUGUGAGCCCUUCUUUUCUGCAGCCGAGCUGCUCUCCCCAGGGCUCCCCACCGGAGCCUGGGAGUGCUCUGCAACAUCAGCUGGCCAGAGCGUCUCACCAGAGGAGACGCUGGGCUGGAGAAAGUCAGGGUGUCCUUGAGGCGGAGGGACACAGGCCGUGCUACAGGUCAUCUCUGGUGGUCUCUGGAAACCUGUCAAACAUGUGUAAGCUCCAGGCAUGGGACUAGGAACAGGAGAGCUCUGCUGGCUUCUGCUUUCUCCUUGUUCCUUGCUGGCCCAUGGCCCAGUCUUCUAACUUCAUGGCAAGGGUGCAAGCGAGAUGGUGACUUAAGCACUUUGAGCUUAUAAGGCUCAGUUAUGCUCUGUGUUGCAGUUAUUUAUGUACAUGGAAGCUACUGAGCCAUGGACUUGCAGAAUUAACAGGUAGGUUGGCACUUCUUUGGGAAAAAGUAGGGAAAACCGUGCUUUUUGGGGAACCACUGUAACUGUGCUGUUGAUAUGGGAAGAAAAAACAAAAGAGAGAAAAGAAAAAAGAAGAAGAAAAAAAUACUUUAUUCUGAAUUAUAUUUCAUUAAGGCACUCAUGGGCAAUUAUGGUCUAAAAGCUGAGGUAUGUUAGCUUUAAUGAAGUAUUUAUAAUCCAAGGAUUACUAUGUUUACAAAACCAAUGUACUGUCAGGCUCCAGGAUGACACCUGCUCUCUGGUGUAUGACUGCGGAGAAGUGUGGGGCCACCGCCACUGUCAGGCACAAACGACAUUCCUGGAGAUGAGAGCAUUUCCAGAUGGAUAAUAAGUAGCCCUCUCCAGAAUUCCUUGAACAGAGUAUGAUCCAAGUAUUGUGAAUACUAGGAGAAGCAAAUGCAUGAAAAUAUUUUCUUGCUUAAAACAAGAAAAAUAAAGUAAUUUAUACACACACACACAAGAUUAUAUGUAUAUAAAAUGUGCAUGUAGAAGACCAGUAGUAAAAGCCUUAAUAAGUGUCAUGUGAACAAUACUGUACCAUUGACUUAUAGCUUUAUUGCAGGCUGUAUAAAACCAUGUUAUUUCUGUUUUGUUUGGGUGGGUUUGUUGUCUGGUUGUUUUUUUUUUUUUUAAGCUCUGUUUUGUUCCUUUUUCAAAUCUUGUGGCCUUUUUAUGGGUAAGGCCUCUGAUCUCAAGCUGUUUUGACCAUGCAGGUCUGGGGAAGUGAUCUCUGCUAGAUGGGGUCUGCAUUUGUCCUUCUCUUCCUUGCCCCCGUUCAAGCAACAUCACAGUGACUCAGGUCUGGAAAUAAAAGCGUGACACUGAUCCCUGUGAAACAGAAGGGAAGUUUCAGGUGGCAAGCAGCAGUUCUGAUUUUGUGACUCUCUCAUGGGAACAAUGACUCUGGAGAGAAGUGACUGUAGCAGCUUCCCAUGUACUUUAACAUCUCCAUUCCAUUUCUGAACCCCAGACUGGUUCGUUGCAGAUGCUUGCAAUAUGGUUUGAUGGAUCUACUACACUUGUUAGCAUUCAUAAAGGUGUCUAUUGUGAUAGUGUGCUCACAACUGUUGUACUGUGCAUUUCAACCAAUGAUCUAUGUAGAAUAUUUCUGCUGUACUGACUGGGCUUGACAGUCAAUAAUUCUAAAUGUGUGAAGGUUUCUUAAGAAAAAAAGAAAAAAAUGUCGGACCCUCCAAGGUGUGUAUAUGUUGUCUGGUCUUUGUGUGAUUUUUGCAUUUCACUAACUAAAAUAAAUUUUUAAGAGGGGGAGGAGAGGAGGAUGUGGGGGCGAUCACUAAUGUACCUGUGCCCAUGAACAAGUCUCUCCUUUCAUUAAAGGCUGUGGAUUCAGUUGCACAUUCUGUUGUAUGCAUACAUUUACCACUUCCUCAAGGGGAGGAUUUCUCAAUACGUUCCCUGUUUUGCCAACUGCUGUCUGUGUCUACUGCUAAUACUAGGUGUGAUCUACUGUCUGGAGGAAGCAACUUUCCCUUGAGCCUUCAGCUUUGUCUUGGCUUUUGUAAGCAAGAGAGCAUUAUUGGAAGUGGGGCAAAGGAAGAAGUUGGUCAGCCAAAGGGCUGCAUCUCUGUAUUUCAUGUGCUGCAGUCAUGCUUUAGUGUUCUGAGAUGCGGAUCUGCAGUGAAUAAACAUUAAGGAUCUGGGAAUUAGUACACCAGUAGACUUCAAAAGAGGAGGCUCACUUACUACAGGGUACAGCCCUCAGCAGCAGGUCCUAAAGACUCUAGGACAUGAAACUCCUGUGCAAAGGACAGCAGGAUGAGCAUGAGGGAGAUGUUCCUUACUGCAAAGUUGUUCAGUAGCUAUGCAGCACCUAAAAUGCCUUUUCAUCUUCUUUCUGUCCAUUGCUUGAUAUCUACACUGCUUGCUAGGGAUUACAUCUGUGUUCUUUCCCCAGCACAUACCUGGUUCAUGUGUGUCUGCCACCCAGAACAUUUCCUGUGGUGUAUGUCACAGCCACUCAAGCCUUUGUGGUGACUGAAUUUCCUCCUAGCUGCUCCCAAAGGCAAAGCAGCAAUGGAGAUGAAGUAAGGAAUAAGAUACCCCAUGUAGCCUCCUGUACCAGAGUGUCAUGGCACAGUCUAACCCUGUAAUGAACCUGGAGGCUGACAGUCAAGUCACCAAGCAGAUAUAAUUUCCAAAAUGAGGGCCAGGAGCCUUCAGUCACAUAGAGAGUUACAGUCCAAAGCAAUGUUGAAAUAUUAGAAGUGAUGCAGCCCAAAUGAAGCUGGUGGGUAAUGUGAGGUAAAAUAGAAGGUAGAAUAUGAACUGGAGUCCCAGCUGUUACAGAAACACAGAGACAAUUGCAAUUACAGCGAGAUAGGUACUUACUGUUUACACAAUCUCUCUGUUGUACACAUAAAUAUCUUCUAUAGGCUUAUAUCUUCCCUUCUGUUCAACUGUCACGUUCCCUUAAUGUCUGUUCCCAUGCUGAUUGCCUGCCACCAGUGCUGUGUGAUAUAGCUGGUCCUCAGUUUCUCUGCUUCUUUCUAGAAACAGGUCUCAACUUUCUAGAAAGCACUCCAGGACCAUCUGGUCACCACAUGCGAGAUGCUGAAGGGAAUAUGGUUUAUCUGCCAGGAGAUUCCUAAUUUUCUGAAAACACGAGUACCCAGUGGUGCAGGACACUUCAGACACAGAAUGAUGUCUCAGGCCAGACAGUCGUCUUGGUCUCAGCAUCAAGCCAGCAGAAAUUCCUCCACUUUGUCCUGGUGUUUCCAGCAAACAUGCUCUGGCAGACAAGGUGUGAGCCUUAGAAAGCAAAAGCAAUAUUACACUCAGGCGUGUUAAACAUGCUCUUGGAGUCAGGAGAGGUUUUAUUUGCUGUGGGGCUGGCAGAGAAGAGGCCAGAGCCAGUGCUCUGCAGCCCAGCUUUCCAGGCCCAUGCCAGACCCUGCCCCUGGCAGGGACCUGGCUCUGGUAGGUGUCCUGGGACCCAGCCAGGUUGUCUGAGUCAGCCCCAGAAAAAUGCCAUAGUCUCUUCCUCUUUGCAGGUCCGCAGUUCAGUUUUUAGCAGAGAGAGAAACUUGUCCUAAAAGAAGCGCUGACCCUGGCACCGGGCGGUCUGCUGUGAACGCGUGCAGGAAUUUCUCAGAAAGAAGAGCGAAAUGGAGACAACAUCUUUCCCACCAUUUUACAACAAAACUGUAAAUUCAACUUCUGCGCAUACAUCAGGAAGCAAAACUAUCCAGGCAGAUCAUUUUUCUGGGUAUGAGCCCUGGGUGCUUGGAGUAGCCACAGGGAUACCAAGCUUCCUGGCCUUGGUCCUUGCAGUCAUCUUGGCAGUGGUCUGUAUUCUCCAGAGGAAGAACUACAGCUGGAAUCAGACCAAUCAACAUCACGAUGGACAGGAAGAACAUGAAUACGAAUCAUCCACUCCCAGACCUCCAGAUGACUUUUAUAUGACCAUGAUGCGGGGGACAACAGAUAUCUAUGUAAAUGAAGCUCAAGACAAACACCACAAACCAGACAUUCAAACUCAAGCGAAGCCCAUGAGGACAAAGAAGCCCAGAAAAGAGCCAUCUGUGGUGGAAUCAAUUUAUGAAAACCAUUCGCCUUAUCACUGAAAGAGAAGCACCAAAUAGUAGCUGGGACCAGAAAUAACAGACACAAUCCUUUUCCUGGACACCUGUGGUCACACGGUUGCAGCUUAUGAACAAGAAAGUUUUCUCUUUGUGCAUACAUGAAAUUCUACAGAGGACAGGACAAAGAGACUUUGGAUGGGGGAAAAACCUUGUUUGCAGUGAUGCCUCUGAGAUGCAGAAAUGAAAUGAGAUUCCCCUGGAGUACCCAGUCUCUCUGGGAGAGAUGAUUUUGCUGUCCUCCUAAAUUUAAGUUAAUUCCUUUUAAUAAAUCCUUGCAGUGAUCCUGAUAGCAAAAAA